UGUGUGUGUGUGUGUGUGUGUGUGUGUUUGUGCAUACAUGGUGCAGUUUGCAUAAUGCAAACUGCACCAUGUAUGCACGCAUAUAUCACACGUUAAGUGAAUGCUUUACACUUGUCUGUCUCUCUCUUCUUUUCAUCACAUGUUUCUAAAACUGCAUGCAAUCGGUUUUGCUGUAGAUCCUUAGUUCUUAAUGGCUGACCGAUCGGGUAAACCAAGAAAGAGGUCAAGGGAAUGUCGAUCUUCUUCUUCUUCUUCUUCUAAGGAGCUUCUAGUUAUUGGAGAUGCUGACAGACUGAGCAGAUUACCUCAAGAAAUUCAGAGCGAUAUCUUAUGCUUACUCCCAAUAACCGAUGCAGCAAAAGUAGGCUUGUUGUCCAAAACAUGGAGGAGCACAUGGCUUUCUCUGCCUAAACUUGCUUUCGAUUACCGCACAUUUCCCGAAAUGGAAAAGAAAGUAAAAUUCAUCGAUCAAACGCUCGCUCGCCACAGCAAGUCCAGUGUUAAAACGUUUGAACUCCAUCUCGUUCCUUUAAUCAAGAUUGCGUGGAUGAAAUUCGCCACACGGCAUAAUGUAGAAAAGCUCGUUCUUUAUGGGGAGAUAAAAAAGAAUAAAUACCUUCCCGAUUGUAUAUUUACAUGUCGGUCGCUUGUCAAAUUGGAUUUGGCUUUACAUGGUCAUGUCCUCACUUUCCCUGAAACUGUUUCACUCCCUAACCUUCGAAAGCUAAAGCUUAAACACUUAGUGCUGUACGAGCCAGAGUUGAGCCAAGAUCCGUUCUCGAUAUUUCCUGCACUAGAGAAGUUAUCGAUUUUCCACUGCACUAUUCACUACACCGAAAUCUUGUCCGUUUCUUCUUUGAGGUUAAUACAUUUCACAAUGGGUAGCUGUCUCAGGAAUCAAAGCUGCUCGGUCAGGCUUCGAGCGCCAUCUCUUUCUAAAUUCAUAUAUAUCAGUGAUGAUUUAGAACCUCCAGUUGAGUUAGAAAUCCCUCCACAUGCAUUUCAAUUGGUUAUUAACAGUGAAAAUGCUUACACGAGGAGUAAUAGCACUUACGACGUGGGUCGAUCAGUAAUCAAAGCCACUCGGGACCUUCUCAAGUGUAAAGCUGUUGAACUAAGCCAUUGGUUCAUUGAGGUAAAGUUUGUUGUAUGUGCAAAAAAAUCAUGCAUCAUAAAUCUUGUUCUUUUGCACUGUCAUAAAUCUUUUUUUUUCUUACAGUAUCUUUACAUGGCUCGUGAUCUGUGGAGGCAGACGCCUUUUGCUCUGCUCCAUGACUUGGUGAUUUUGGACACGAGUUUAUGGCCGACAAACGAGCACAUUAAAACGUUGAUGGUGCUCCUUUCGAGAUGCCCAAACCUCACUAAACUCUCUGUUAGAAUUGCGCCUUCACAAAGAGAAGCUCUUCAGUUGCCCAAUGUGGAAUUUUUAGUAGAUUUUGAUACUGGGGUUGAUUUCCGUUGCUUGGACGACGUUUGUAUCAAGAAUUUUGGAGGAGAAGCGAUCGAGAGGAUGCUUGUGAGGUAUUUGCUUGCUAAUUCAAGUGACUUAACUUUGAUGACGAUUUUCAUGAACGAUGUUAUGGCAAAUGGCAUGCUUUCGAAGAUAUCCGAGAUUCUUGGAUAUGAGAAAUCCUCCCCAUAUGCUGAUGUCAUAUUCAACUAGUUUAAUCUAUGCAUUGCGCAACGAGAGCAGCAGAAGAAAUGAAGCAAGAUUUUUCAAGAGAAGGCUUUUAUUCGUAUUCUUGAGCUAAAUGCACGGACCAAUCGCGUCUCCGCAUGCAGUUUUAUUUUGUCGCAACAGUCGAAUUAGUUAGUCAGGGUUGAGUGAAAUAGGUUUAAUAGGGUUGUCGACGGAAGUACAAGCAAGAUUUCGGUUAGUAAAAGCUAUAUGUUCUUUCCUUCUUGUGUUGUAGAAACCCGAGGGUUGUCGGUAAUACGCAUGUAUUGAUUUUGAUAUAACUCCUUCAGUUAAAUCUCCUUAACUAAAGUAAUUUGAUUCAUUGUUGAUUCCUUAAUAGAUGCCGCAUUCAGG